GAUGUUCUGAAUGACGCCAUCUUUGAUGAAGAUCAUGAUGAGAUGGUAAUUGUGAAGGACAUAGACAUGUUCUCAUUGUGUGAGCAUCACCUCGUUCCAUUUGUUGGAAAGGUACAUAUUGGCUAUCUUCCCAACAAACAAGUACUUGGCCUCAGCAAGCUUGCUAGGAUUGUGGAAAUAUACAGUAGAAGAUUACAAGUCCAGGAACGCCUUACCAAACAAAUCGCAAUAGCCAUCACGGAAGCCUUACAGCCCGCUGGAGUCGGAGUGGUUAUUGAGGCUACGCAUAUGUGUAUGGUAAUGCGUGGGGUACAGAAAAUGAACAGUAAAACAGUAACCAGCACAAUGUUGGGGGUAUUCCGGGAAGACCCGAAGACCCGGGAAGAAUUCUUGACACUCAUCAGGAGCUGAAACUGUUAUUCUCUAAAUGCACUCUGGAGAUUGUUCUGUCCAGUGUCACUGUCUGUCCUUACUUGUUCCUACGUCUCACUUUUAACCUAGAUCGUUGUGAAUUGUUGUCAUAGUCUUUGUGCAGUGAAAGACUUCUGAUGGCAAA